UAUGAUAAUAUAAUCAGUGGCUCGGUUGUUUGCUUGCCCGACAGUCUUUUCUCACUUGCCUUUACUGUAGAGAGGAACAAUUUAUUAAUAAUAAGUAUCAUCCCAUUGAGUAAUUAUUUUGAAAUUAAAAAUGAGUUUGGAUGAUUACGUUGGAAAAAGAUAUAAGCUCGAAAAAAGCGAAAAAUUCGACGAUUAUAUGAAGGCUUUAGGAGUUGGUUUAGUAACUCGUAAGGUUGGAAAUGCGGUAUCGCCGGUUGUCGAAUUGAAGAAAGAUGGCGAUCAGUAUCUACUUUCUUCUAAUUCGACAUUUAAAAAUGUACUUUUGAAAUUUAAACCCGGUGAAGAAUUUGACCAAGAAACGGCCGAUGGGCGCAAGGUAAAGUCGACAAUUACCGUCGACGGAAGCACCCUUCACGAAAUUCAGAAAGAUGCAAAUGGAAAAGAAACUACAAUCGAAAGGAUUUUCACUGACGACGAAAUAAAAAUGAUUUGCAAAGUCGACGAUAUAGUUUCUACCAGAAUCUACAAAUUGCAAGAAUGAAAACGUCGCUGGUCUACUUUUUUUACUGUAUUCCAAUCCAUAUAAAUAAAGGCUUUGGAAGAAACGUACUGAACUUUUUACAUUAAACUAAGGUCAAUAAAUUGUUUUGUUAAUGAAUUCAUCAAGUUAUUAUUAUUUGUACGAAAUAAAUUUUGCUUUAAACAAU